ACAAACCAGCACAAACCUAAAGCACAAACGAACAGCAGUGGUAUUUUGAUAUUUUGAAUGACUCGGGGGCCAGCUUCACUCAGGCGACGGUUUCUUUCUCUACCUCUGUCUCAGUUCAAUUAAGUUAAAAUAGACUUCCUUUAUUGACAUGGACACAAAAAGCAAUAUUGUUCAAACUAAUUUUAGGAACAAAACACAUGCAAGGCUAUAUAGGGAUAAAAAAGAAAACAAAAUGGUUUCCUCUUUCGUCACGCAUGUAAUCUUAAUAUCUAGGUAGAUAUAUCUCUACAACCUACCAAUUUAAAAAAAAAAAAAAAAAAAAGCCCCAGGCAAACUUGACUUGACAUUUCCAACAGCCAGAAACUUCCCUGGCAUCCUUCCUACACACUAAACCUGUUUCCUAAUCCCAGACAGAACCCCAGCGGCAUUUUGUCGCAAUUCAGCCACUAUGAAAGUAGCCUACUGCCUUUAGAGACGUUAUGAAUGAGGGCGUAUCAAGGGUGUGGUGAGAACUUGCUGAAACACAUCCUCUUUCCCUAUGAUGGGAACAUUUGACGCAACUCGGUCCUCAACUCCUCAUUUCAAAGAAGGGUUGGUUAAGAAGGCUACCCAUUUCUUCACCGGAAAGACUACAAGGAAAUCUGUUUAAUUUCGCACAAAGGAAGGCUACAGAGGAAUAUGUUUAAUUUGUUACUGUUCGCGAUUUGUACCACCUUCGCAGUUGGACAGACUCCAGAGGAAUGUUAUGAGUGUUCAGGUGAGACAUGGGAAAGCUGUGCUGGGGUGAACCAUACCUGUCGCAUUUCUGAGAAAUGUGUGUCUGCAGCUUCUGCAUUUACUCAAGAACUGGCUGGAAUACGCAAAGACUCCAUCGAGAAAGUGCAUAGAAGAUGUGCAGAUACUACACUCUGUGAGACGGACUUCUCUGUAAACUUUGGACCUGCUAGCUGGAAUAUCAUGACCAAGUGUGGUGCCAAUCCCACUCUGGGAAAUGAAAAGAAAUACAAGAACGGACUGAAAUGUUUUGGAUGUAUUUCUUCCCCCUCUGAAUGCACUAAAACAUUGGAAUGCAAAGAAACUGAGACCAUGUGCAUCAGUGCUUCAGAGACUGUUGCUGGGAACAUUAUGGUCAACAGAGGUUGUGCAACUGAAGCCAUGUGUGAACUAAGAGAAGACAUUUCUGAUGUGGUGGGGCCUGUGGUAGUUGGACAGGUGUCCUGCUGUAAAGGGAACCUUUGCAAUGGUAGUGGCAUCCUCAAAUCCACUUCAUCAGUGUGUUUAUUGUUGGUCGUAAUACUUCCCUGGAUGUUACCUUGAAAUGGGAAAACAUCAGCAAAGAAAUGUGGGAUAAAAAAAUAAUUGUUUUGCUAGACUUCCAGAAUAACACAAAUGAACACAAACAGUAUCGUUUAAAAGUUAUAUUAAUGUAAUUUCAGGCAUAUUGGUUUUGUACAUAUUUGUUGACAAUUUGAUAAGGACAUGCAAUCAAAUAUUUGACCAAGUCUCUUGUUUUGGUCAUCUCAUGGUCAUGACAUGGACAGUUGCUGGGGGUUUCAGGAUAUUUGGUGGUUAAGUCUCACUACACCAAAAGUCAUCACCCAAAGAUGAUGAGGAAAUCACAAAAUUAACAUGACGACCAUAAAACUGGAAUUAGAAAAUUUGAGAAAAAUUAUAUCACCAGGUUGACAUUAGAUUUUUAAAAAUAUUUUCCAAUUGUUUAUACACAAAAAUCUAAAAUGUGGCACAAGUUCUAAAACCAGUCCCUCAAUGAUCAAAACCCCACACCAAAACUAUAAGUAACUGCCUUAAAAGCCUUAAACAUCCACAUGUUGUAAAAAAAACACUCCAAUAUGUAAUCAUUUAUCACAAUGUAUAUUGCGUUCAGGUUGUUUGUUGCAAAAUGCUGGUAUUAUUACACAAUGAAGUGAACAUUUAUUA